CCCCUGACCUGGGACUAGUACUCCCACAGAGGCCCGCCCGGUGGUUUGGUCCGCUUGGCCUACCGGGCCCGCCCGAGUUCGUCGGCCGCAGCUCUGCGGGCUCCUGGCGCCGCCUCCUCCCGGCCCGCCGAGGGCCGCGGCGCUUCUGUGGGUGGGGGAAGGCAGGACUGACGCAGAGUGAGUUUGCCUACGGUCAAGUUGAAUUUUUAUGCAAAUCGCCUCUCUUCUGUUUUGGUGAGUCUGAGAUGACAACAGCAACACGACAAGAAGUUCUUGGCCUCUACCGCAGCAUUUUCAGACUCGCGAGGAAAUGGCAGGCGGCAUCAGGGCAGACCGAAGACACCAUCACAGAAAAACAGUACAUACUAAAUGAAGCUAGAACGCUGUUCCAGAAAAACAAAAAUCUCACAGACCCAGACCUGAUUAAACAGUGUAUAGAUGAAUGCACAGCCAGGAUUGAAAUUGGACUGCAUUACAGGAUUCCUUAUCCAAGGCCAAUUCAUCUGCCUCCAAUGGGCCUCACCCCACUACGAGGCCGGGGACUUCGAAGCCAGGAGAAACUGAGAAAACUUUCCAAACCAGUAUAUCUCAAGUCUCAUGAUGAAAUUUCCUAAUACAGAAGAAAUUUAAUUUCUGAGAAUGAUGAGCCAACUACGUCUUGAAUGUAAACCAAAUAACAAAACCCUUCUCUUUGAUUAGGGGUAGAUAUUCAAAUAUCUUCUUAAGACCUCCAAAAUUGGUCCUCACCCCAUGACGUGUGCUUACACAUCACUAGAGUUUGUCAAGGUCUUGCUGCCUGAAUAGAUGACAUUAACUCUAGAGGUCAUGAACCUUACAUCCUCACUGAAGUCACCUUUGGAGACAAGCCUAAGGUGUAUGGGAGGAAGGCUGAAGGGUGACAAAGGUUUUCAUGGGAAUGGCAUUUGCCACACAUGCCAGCUAAUGCCAAGAACUUAGCCAGUUGCUACAAGUUCUUGUGGCUACUAUAAAGCUAUAUAACACCCUCAGAACACAUUUAGGACUUUUUUUUUUUUCAAGUUAUUGCUUAACAGUGGGUGUUUUUUGUGUGUGUUUUUCUGGUUGUCUUUUGACCCUUCCUCUUUCCAGAUAAACUCCCCUUAAAAAGCACAUCACUGGACUGAUCAUGGUUUUUCAUGGAAAUUUUAUGUGUGACCCAUUCCUGUCUUAGUUAAAUGCAUGUUUACCUUAUCUCAAAGCCUACAAUCACUUAGGAUCUGAAAAGCUCACUUGAAACUCAUACUAAAUUCAUUAUGAGUAUCUUACCUUAACAUAAUAGAAAACUACCAGGUCCAAGCUGGCUUUCAAAUUACGUCUAAACAGAAAUGAGACAAAUAGAGAUGAAAACACAAAGGAUUUAUACCUCUGCCUGUGUGCAGAAUGGUGAGAACCUUGUGGCAAGUAUUUGUAUAUCAGUGUCAUUCCCUCUUCUAAAGAGGAUGUGCAUCACCAAUAAAGAUAAAUAUCAAUUUUGA